AUGGCUGACUUCCAUAAUAAAACCUCUCUGUCUAGCAGAGAAGUACUGGAUAACUCUGAGUCUUCAGCUUCGCCCAAUAGGGGUCUAUACAGCGAGAGAGAACAGCUAAAUUGCUCAAAAGUAGAUCUUCCAGCUCAAGACCGCUAUGAUCUAAACCCUGAUAGUUCGAAAGGAGUCUCGAAAGGAGGAAACAGUAAUGAGAGCCCUCCACCCAUGUUAAAAGCAGGCAAGGCAAGCUCGAGUUUCGGAGUAGGCAUCCAGCCUAGCAUUGGGAAUAAAAAUAUUAGAAAGCUGCAUAGUGACACUCGGAUGCCUUUUCAGCAGUUUUCAUCCAAAAAGAAGAAUACCAAACUCCCCAGUUUUAAGCCAAAGACGCGAGUAUAUAAAAUGAUCAAGAGGCCAAAAUUUGGAGCAAGAAAGCGAGGAUCCAACUCAUUCAAAGCUGAAAAAGAUAUGGGAAAUUGAAGUGAAGGCACCUCUCAACGGAAUAUUCAUGAUGUCAGCUCUCAAUUAGAGUCUCUUAAAUCUUGUUGAGAGUUUAACCCAUCUCCGAUAGAUCAAAAAUCAGACAAGAAGAAGCUUAGACUUAACAAAGACAAGGACAAGUGGGAGAAGCUAAUGAUCUGCAGUUGAGGCAAGGACAACCAAGAUUGUGAGUGAAAAGUCGACUCUGAGAACAACUCUAAUUUCAUUUGGACCUCAGAGAACGACAACCAUAAUCACUAUGAUUCGAUUGAAGAGAAGUUUGAGAACUCCAGGAUCUCUACCAAAGGCAUUACCAAAUAUUCCUCCAACGAAGAAGCUAAGAAUGUUAGCUAUGAGUUAGAUAUUAGUGCUAAGUUACGCAUUGAUGAUAUCAAGAAUCAGAGAGAUAGGGUAAAUUCUGAUUCAGAUCACUCAAAGUCUUUCCAGAAGAGACACCAAAAGUCCGAUAAGAAAACAUUUGAGUCACGGUACGACCUCAACCUCAGCCUGAAUGCUCAGCUUGGAGAGGCAGCAGCUGAUAACCAAGGAGCGAACGGGCCUAUUUCUGAAGAAGAGGAAGGAAUUAACGAUGACCCUGAUUACUUCUACAUGAGCACAAGCGGGGAGGUAAAUCAAAAGGACACGUUUGCGUUCAUCAAGCACACAUAUAGCUCAGGAAGUGAGAAUAUCGACAACGUCCUUGAAGAAAAUGAUGGAAUCCAGGAAGAAUCUAAUGAAAAUGUUAGUCACAGGAAUAGUGAAGAAGAUAAGGCUGAAGGAAGAGCCUCUGAGUCAUCUGACCCCAAGAGUCUCAAAGAGCUAAAAAUGAACCUUAAGAAGAUUGAGAAUCAGGUGAGGGAAGAAAUCAAACAAUUGAGCAAAGAGAACAAAAAGAUUAAUAUUCUUCUAAUCGGCCCGAAGGGAAUAGGCAAGACUUCAUUUAUGAAGUUGUUCAGAGUCCAGCAAGAUAGACUUCAAAGCUCUAUGGGAGGACAAGAAAAGAACAACCUCAGAAUUAACUUUAUUGACAAACCUGGUUACAGCGGAAGUCAGGAUGAUCAGCACAAAUGGCUAAAUGAAAUUCUCAGAUUUAUUGCAAAGAAGCAAUUGCGAUAUAAAAGGAUUCAAGAAAUUUAUAACACUAAGACCGAUUUUGAACCAUUCCAAAAAGCCGUGAAAGUGCAGUCCAAAGAUGAGAGAAUCCACUUAGCCCUCUACUUCAUCAAGCCUGAGGUAGACUUCCAAAAGUUCGAUCUUUAUGCUAUGAUGAAAAUAAAGGAGAAGACAAAUAUCUUGCCAGUAAUCGGCAAGGCUGAAUCUAUGAACACUCCUGACCUUAUUGAAUGAAAGCUAAGGCUUGUCUCGACAUGUCACCUAAAUAAAAUUUUCUUCUUCGAUAUUCAAAAAUGUCUUCUCGAAAAAUUGAAGAACAAGGAUGAUAAGAUGUUCAAAUAUUUUAUAGAUGGGAUAUAUGGGCCAUGCCCACCCUACUGAAUGGUCUCCUUUGCUGAUAAAUUACCAGAUAUAGAGAAUAGUAACGAAAACCCUCAAUAUGGAAGAAAGUUCCCAUGGGGAACUUGAAACAGUCUGGAUGAGUCUGCAAGUGAUCUCUGAAGGUUAUUUAACACUAUUAUAAUGAUUUCCACAUCUUUAAUAGACCAGAUCAAUGCUAUCCCCCUCGAUUAUUUGAAUAAUCUUAGCAGCGAUUCAGAAGAAAAGGAUGAAGAAUCAUCAGGAUUACUCAGAGGAUUGUUUCAAAGAAGAUCACUCAUAUGCUCAGCAGUCUUCAGCUUGGCAUAUCUUGCACUCUACAAAAAGGAGUAGGCCGUUCAAGAUCAAGAGUAGAUUAAUUUGUAGAAAUAUAUUCAAAUUUCCUCUUGUAAAACUAGAGCUUCAGCUCUCUGUUUACGGAAUAAUGAGCCUAUUUCACUUCUCAUAAUUUCUUUCAAUUUC